GCGCCUGUGGGAGCCGUGGAGGGAACUUUCCCAGUCCCCGAGGCAGAUCCGGUGUUGCAUCCUUGGAGCGAAAUGAGAGCUCGAGAACCUGCUAAGGCCAUCAAACCUAUUGAUUGGAAGUCAGUCCAUCAGAUUUGCUUUGGGCAGGUGGUACUGAGUCUAAGCACUGCGGUGAAGGAGUUAGUAGAAAACAGUCUGGAUGCUGGUGCCACUAAUAUUGAUCUAAAGCUUAAGGACUAUGGAGUGGAUCUCAUUGAAGUUUCAGGCAAUGGAUGUGGGGUAGAAGAAGAAAACUUCGAAGGCUUAACUCUGAAACAUCACACAUCUAAGAUUCAAGAGUUUGCCGACCUAACUCAGGUUGAAACUUUUGGCUUUCGGGGGGAAGCUCUGAGCUCACUUUGUGCACUGAGUGAUGUCACCAUUUCUACCUGCCACGUAUUGGCGGAGGUUGGGACUCGACUGGUGUUUGAUCACUAUGGGAAAAUCAUCCAGAAAACCCCCUACCCCCACCCCAGAGGGAUGACAGUCAGCGUGAAGCAGUUAUUUUCUACGCUACCUGUGCACCAUAAAGAAUUUCAAAGGAAUAUUAAGAAGAAACGUGCCUGCUUCCCCUUCGCCUUCUGCCGCGAUUGUCAGUUUCCUGAGGCCUCCCCAGCCAUGCUUCCUGUACAGCCUGCAGAACUGACUCCUAGAAGUACCCCACCCCACCCCUGCUCCUUGGAGGACAACGUGAUCACUGUAUUCAGCUCUGUCAAGAAUGGUCCAGGUUCUUCUAGAUGAUCUGCACAAAUGGCUCCUCUCCUCCUUCCUGAUGUCUGCCAUUAGCAUUGGAAUAAAGUUUCUGCUGAAAAUCCA